AUGGGCGAUAAGCCGAAACCUCCUGCACACAAAUCCCACAAACCAGAAACUAUCGGUUCGGGCGGACGAGUGAGAACAACACUUCCGCCUCUAAAACUUGGCAAAACAAGAACUCCUCCUCCAACGACAACUAGCAAACCAGAGCUUCCGACAUGCAAAAAGGAGCGCAUUUGUGACAGCAAGAGAAAUAGUGAGGAAUUCAGGGAGCUGGUCGUCGCUCUUCAUAAGGAGCUCAGAAGAGAGCUUGAAGUCGAUACAUGGCAUUUCUCUGACGAAGGAUUGAAGGAGCUGGACUUAAAAUAUAACUGUACACUGGAGAAGUCGGCCUAUCAGCGGAUACACGAUUGUAAAAAAGCACUCUAUAGCAGUAAAACCCACAACAGUGCCGUGGUAAGAAGACAUCUUGGUCAAGAAAAAGUCUUGGCAUUUCUGAAGGCGUUUUCUUACUGGCGAAAUAGCAGAGAGAAACGGACUAAUGAAGACUUCAAGCCGCAUACCGAAUAUGACAAGCUCUCAUGGGACUCAUUGUCGGCAAUUGGAUGCGCCGUAAAACAAUGCAAAAAGCGGGGUGAAAGAUUCACUCUUGUGGAUUGCAAAUACGAUUACAAGACUUAUGCAAAUGUACUAGUGCCGGGAUAA